GCGCCGGAUUUCCUGCGCCGCACGUGCGGUCCUGCGCCUCAGAAGUGCCCUCGCCGGCCGGUGGCCCGGCAGAUGGUCGGGGUGUCGCCGUCAGCAGAGGAGGAAGAGGGCGAGGUGGCAGCAAGGUCGCGGCCCGGCGCCGCCCCCGUCCCCAUUCCCACCCCCACCCCCACCCCACCCCCACCCCCCGGGCCCCGGCCGCGGCUUCCGCAGCCUCGCCCGCAGCGGCCGGUGCCCCCGCGCGCUCCUCGCCCUGCACGCCCGGCCGGCGACCCCGCUGCUUGGAGUCGCGCCCUCGGGAGCCGCAGUGCCGAGCCUCCUAGGACCCGCGGGGAGCAGCGGCGAGAGGCGACUCCCAUGCGCCACCCGAGCGGAGGCCCGGGCCGCAGGCGCAGGUGAGGCAGCGCCAUGGGGCAGGCGGGCUGCAAGGGGCUCUCCCAGUCGCUGUUGGACUACAAGACCGAGAAAUAUGUCAUCGCCAAGAACAAGAAGGUGGGCCUGCUCUACCGGCUGCUGCAGGUCUCCAUCCUGACCUACCUGGUGGUGUGGGUGUUCCUGGUGAAGAAGGGUUACCAAGACACCGACACCUCCCUGCAGAGCAGUAUCAUCACGAAAGUCAAGGGCGUGACCUUCACCAACACCUCUGAGCUCGGAGAGCGACUUUGGGAUGUUGCGGACUAUGUCAUCCCACCCCAGGGAGAGAACGUCUUCUUUGUCGUCACCAACUUGAUCGUGACCCCCAACCAGCAGCAGAAAACCUGUGCUGAGAGUGAAAGCAUUCCGGAUGCCUUGUGUUACAGAGACAGUGACUGCCCUCCUGGGGAGCCCGUUGUGGCUGGAAAUGGAGUGCGGACUGGCCACUGCCUUCGGGUGGGGAACAUGCAAAGGGGCACCUGCGAGAUCUUCGCCUGGUGCCCAGUGGAGACAAAGUCCAGGCCAGCGAAGCCACUCCUGGGCAAGGCUGAAGACUUCACCAUUUACAUAAAGAACUUCAUCCGUUUCCCCAAAUUCAACUUCUCCAAGACCAAUGUGCUGGACACCAAAGACAAGGCUUUCCUGAAGUCCUGUCACUUUGGCCCCGAGAACCCCUACUGCCCCAUCUUCCGACUGGGGUCUGUGGUCAGCUGGACGGGGAGCAACUUCCAGGAGAUAGCCCUGCAGGGUGGUGUGAUAGGAAUUCAGAUUGAAUGGGAUUGUGAUCUUGAUAAAGCUCCUUCUGAAUGCAACCCUCGCUAUUCUUUUAGCCGUCUGGACAACAAAUUUUCAGAAAACUCAAUCUCCUCUGGGUACAACUUCAGGUUUGCCAAAUAUUACCGAGAUGGAGCUGGAGUGGAGUUCCGCACCCUCAUGAAGGCCUAUGGGAUCCGCUUUGAUGUGAUGGUGAAUGGCAAGGCAGGGAAGUUCAACAUCAUCCCCACAAUCAUCAACAUUGGCUCUGGGGUGGCGCUCAUGGGUGCUGAAACACCCCCACCCCUCCGGGCUGCGGCUGGAGUGGCCCUCUGGUGGACGAGACGGGCGUGUGCACCAUGCGCUCUGGUCCGAAGCCCCUGUGAACAGGGGGCUUUCUUCUGUGACUUGGUACUUAUCUACUUAAUCAAGAAGAGCCACUUUUACCGAGACAAGAAGUACGAGGAAGUGAGCGUCCUACGGGUCCUGGCUGAGUCCUCGCAACAGGACGGGACCCCAGAGGCAGAGGAGGCGGCGGCGGGGCCUGGGUUGGCCGAGCAGCCGGAGGCACAGCACGGAGGUGGCAGCCAGAAGGAGAAUGGCUGCCCGCCAGGUGAAGGGCUGCUGGGCUGAGGACCCGAGAACGAGCCUUGCAGAGACGGCCUGGCCCUCUCCUCUCCUCCCUGCUCCAGGGUGACCUGGACACAAGGCAGGACAUCCGGGACGCAGGAGCACCCACCCAAGCUGGACUUUGUGGGGGACAGGGGUGCUUUAGCUCCUUUGUGAUCCCCAUUAUUUCCUCAACACCCCUAAGUUACCACAAAGCAGUCUGCUUGCCGUGCUAUGCCAGAAUUAAGACAAGAGUACGAUGUCAUUUCCUCAGGCUUCCUCUGCCUGGCACCUCUCUGAGCUCUUUGUAUGAACCCAUUUCAGCAACUUAAUGAGGUGGACACUCACAGUCCCUGUUCUAAUGAGGAAACCGAGGCAAGAAAGGUUGUGGCUUGCUCAAGUCACACAGCUAAUAAAUGGCAGAGCUGGGAUUUGAACCUAGUCAGUAUGUCUCUAGAAUCCAGUUCUUCUCCAUGAUACUUUUCUGCCUUAUGAAGCCCCCCAUUCCCCUACUCCUCAUCAGAUGCCUUCCAGAAAUUCUGGAGCUGCCCUCGCCUUAGGAGGGUGGUGGUAUGUUGACAGGUGGGCCUGCAGGCUGCCCUUCCCUGGGGAGCCUGGCCAUAUCUGCAGAUGCGACCUCAGCCUGGUGCAGGAGGCAGCCCUGGGCUGGGUCAGGAGGCUGGCCUUAGGCCUCUCCUUCUGCCUGUGUGUCCUUGAGCAGGUACGUGGCCCGUUUUGGGCCUGUAAACGCCCUUUAUUUCCCCAACUGGGGGCUGCACACAGAGGAUCCUCUUGCUCAGUCAGGCUGGGCUGCUAACUCUCCUUUUGUAAACCAUAUCCAUUUACUGGCCCGGACCGGGGGACUUUCCUCUGGUUCCCAGCUUUCAUUCUUUGUUGACUCAGGGACUGGCAGCUUCCAGUGGGGAGCUGGGCCUGUGCAGGGCAGGAGUGAGAAAUGGACUGGGAAGGAGAGGCAGGCAAAGGAGGGAGAGAAGUGAGGAAGACAGAGACGGGGCUGUGGCAUGGAGGCAGGGAGGCUGGGGUCCUAGCAGCAGCUCCCAAUGUGCUCCCUGAGCUCCUCAGCCUGUGAGAGGGAAGAAUGACCACCCCGCUGGUGUUGGCUGUGGGACCAGCCUUGCCUAUUGCUGUGGGAGGCCCGGGUGCCCUCAGGGUGCCACCACAGGGCAGCUGCUCAUUGCUGGUACAGCUCCGGAGGCCCCGGUCCGAGCACCAAAUGGACCUGGGCUGUGGCCAGGGACUCCGCCAGUCUGCCCGUCUCUGAGAACUCUCUGUCUGCAGUGCCACCAGCGAGGGGCUGCCGCGGGUGGAGUCUGCCCUUAGGGAGGCUUGCCCUCUUCACAGGGUCCCCAGUUGUCCUCUGUGUGCCCCCUACUCCCCCCACACAGGUCUGGCCACCCGGGGAAUGGAAAGGUGAAUGUGGAGCAGCUACAGAACCUGCAGACAGCGGAGGCAUAGCCAGAGGUGUUCGCUGAGAGCAGAUUUGGUGAAGAUGUUGCGGCAGAACCGCCUGCAGCUCUGAACUGAAAACUCUUUGUGUUUGCGUGGGACAGGUGUUUCCGGUCACAGCCAUCUCUUCUGCACCUUGGGAUCUUACUACAAGCUUUUCGUUGUGUGUCAGGGGAGGGAAGCCUCCUAGUGGCCAGUGUGGCUCGGAUCUAGAAGAGGAGGACUUGGAGAGGGAAGCGGGGAAGGCCAGGGGCCUGAGUGGUACUCGAGUGUUUUCAUUUUUCCGAGAACUCCGUUCAUUCAUUCAUUCACACAGUGAAUGCUAUGUGCUGUGGGCUGUGCCCUAUCCAAGAGAUCCUUAAAUGAGAUGCUGACCUGGCCCCCGGGUGCGGGGAGCACACGUGUAAUUCCUUCCAGAGCCAACAGACGUCACAUCCCGGCUCAGCCACUCUGGCCUUCCUCCAGCCUCUAGCUGAGACUUUCACAAAUCCCUGUUGAGAAUGAUGGCUCCUCAGAGAAAGACUUUGGCCGGCAUCCAAGGGGACGUUUGGCCUUGCCCUCAGGGAUAAAAUAAUAGGUGGCCAAGGAAGCAACCAGGGAAGGACUGGGCCUGGAAAGAGGCAGCUAGCCCUUGAGGGGAGAGGCAGCCUCUGAGGGUUUCCAGGUAAGGUGGGGAAGGGGAGGCAGGGAGGCUUCUGCUCCAGUCCUCCUGCCUAGCCUCAGGAAGCUCUGGGCAUAGUGUCUCCCCCAAACGGGAGACCAGCUGCCUGGGUUGUUUCUCCCUUGCGGUUCUGUGGGGCUGAGUGUCCCUACCCGGCUUCCCUCGCUUUCUCCUCAUAGGCGGGGUCUGAAGGGCUAAGGAGAUAAGAAUAGGUGGAGCUCACUUGGCAGGUGGAAGCAGUUGUUAACAGGGAGGCCCUCGCCCCUCACCCCAGCCUCUCUCCCUACCCUCCUCCUUCCCAGCCCCACACUGCUGAACUAUGCUGCUUCCCCCAUUUAGUGGCUGCAGAGCCUCGCUACUCACUCAGAGGUGUGGCCUGUGGACCAGCAGCAACAGCAUCACCUAGGAGCUUGUUGGAACGGCAGUCUCUGCCCCCUCCGUCGUCCUCCGAAAUCAGAAUCUGUGUUUCAACAAGACUUCGGGUGAUUUGUACGAACGUUCACGUGUGAGAGCACUGGUUAAGGAGAUACGCAGCGCCUGGUUCUGAGGGAGGAGAAGGCCAGCUUUGGCAGCCGCUGCGGAUUUCAGGUCAGACUUACACACAUUCUACUUUGAGAGCAAGAGGAUUCCACCCCACCCCCACCCCCGGGAAGGUGACAUUAUGCUCAAUGCAUUUAAAGUAAAAUAUUUUGACUAGAUAAUACUUAUAUGAUUCAAAAACCAAACAAAAGGUACAAAAGAAUAGACAGUGAAAAGCCUGCCUCCCACCCCUGUUCCCCAAGGCGACGUUACUGAUGCCAAGAGGCUCUACUGUUUUGCUGAGAAUCUGCUUGGUUGCUUGUGCCCUCUCUCAGGAAAUGAACUUUUCCUGAUGGCUGCAACGUCCCAUCAAGUCUCCUCUGUCAGGAAGGGACACGAUGGAAUACAGUGAAGUACCGGGCUAGCUCCCUUCUCCCUCUCCCACCGUCUGAGGAGUCCUCGUGUAAACCCAAGGGGAGAGACCUAUAGCUCAUCACUAACUGUUGUCUGGUCUGCUCGGUAGCAAAGGCCUGUGGGGCUGCCUGUGGCUCAGCAAGCUCCAUGGUUGGUUUGCACAGCUCCCCGGAUGCUAAGGAGUGUCCUCUUUGGAAGUGCUCUCUCUGGGCCUCCCUCAGGCCAGAAGGCUUUGGUUCUCCUCUGCACACAGAGGAGGCGGGAAGCAUCCUUCCACCGACCGGGGCCUUUGGAGAGGGACAGAGGGGCUUGCCAAAGGCUUUGCCACUGGAGCAGGGCAUGGUCCCCGAAAAAGGAAGCUUGCUCCUUCUGGAGCAAGUGGCUCCUUCACUCUGGAGUGGUAACCUGUCAACAACCCACCUGCUCUCUGAAUAGAAAGUGAAAAAUCUGGGUGAUCUACUAUGGUGUUUCACUUCCUCACUAAAGCAAACCCUAGGAUUUGAUAUACUUUUACAUUUGGGAGGAAGCAGAAAGGGCAGGGGUCAUGACUGCUUAGGGGUUGGUCUGGUUUCUUUUAGCCUGUUUUUGGAAUUGCUUUGCGGCAGCCAUAUAACCUGGGGGAAAUUGUACUAUUCGUUUUACACUGGAAUGAAAAUGUCUCCCUACGGUUUUCAUUCAGUUGGUAAAUAUUUAUUGAGUACCUGUUGUCAGGUGAUGGACUAAGUCUGGUAACAGUUGUGAGAAACACAGAAACUGUCCCUGCCCAGGUGCUUACAGUCUAGGAGGUGAGCCUUAAUCAGUGGUCACACAUAGAAUCACAGACUGAAUUUUCAGUGGGGUAGCCAGAGGUUUCCCCUAGGACGUGACAUAUAAGCCUAAAUCUGAAAGCAGUCUAGUUGAUGGGGGAAGCAUUCCAGGUAAGGGAACCACAUGUGUAAAAUAAAUGCUUUGACAUGAGGAGUAACUGAGGAGCUGGAUGGAGAUAGUGUGACUGAAGCUGGUUUUAUGAGGCUUUCUUUCCAUCAACUCUCUUUAAUCUUAAGGGCUGCCCCAUUAAACUUCACUGCCACAGAGGACCUAACCUAAUGGUUUCAAGUCCAGCCAAGCUUUCCAGGUGGCCUCCCCUACAUGUCAUGGGUCUCGUGCUCAGAAAAGCCAGUGACCCCAUUACAGCUUCUGGAUAGUGUUGCACACUGCCAGUUUCCUUGCUUUUGCACAGCUCCCCACUACCCCCUCUUUCUUUGCAUAAUCUUGGUGCAUGAAUGGGAGGUUCAUAAAUCUUACAGAAACUGGCUUUGAAAUGGCAAGUGAAGUGGGAACUCGAGCUCUGUUUGGGAGAGUCCCUUUCUCUCAGGACACCAGUUGCCUCACCAAGUAGAUGAGCACGCCAGCCUCUACAGAGCUCCUGUCCGUGCUGACAUUACAGGAUCACCUGAACCGUCGCCUAUGCUUACAUUCAGGCCGUGGCCUAAAGCCAUCUACCUAGUAGUUUCCUAAUGAUUAAUUCCAUGCCUUGGGAGUGCCAUGAUGCUGGCUAACGGGAUUUGAAAACUGGGUGCUACCAACGUGCCAUCAAGAGGACAAGCCAUGAAAGAGCUAAGUGCCCUCUACUCCUGAUGCAGGGGUCACCAGGACUGACCAGUCAUGGCUGCCUUUUUGCCACCAUCCCAUCAGCUCUUUCUCCGUGGCUUGCUGCCCUACUGGGGGACCAGUUGUAAAGGGGGAACAUGACUUCCUCCAGGUGUCUAAGCACCCCAGCUGUGGACGACAGUGCCCUGCAGAGUCCCUAAAUCACCCCACUUGGAAUGGCAUCUUGCAUGUCCGGAAAAGGGCUCCACCUGGUUGCUACCCACUCCCCUCCACCCAAAUGACACUUUGCUCAGAGCAUACUCUCCAGUGGACCCAAGAGCACUGUCUCCAAAAGGCACACCUUUCUCCCAGCUCUUUGUUUCCCCUUAGGCCAGUGCACAGAAUUAAAGGAGGAAAGAUGGCAGCCAAUAUCUGAGACCUGCCCCAUAAAUGUAUUCUGAUAUUUUUAUUUGGUUAUAAAACAAUAAAAAGUUUUAACUGUAAA